CACGCUUUCUCUCUCAUACACACACCAACCAAUCCACUGGAUUUCGAGACGUUGUUCUUGCAGCAGGGCUAUUAACCUCCUUGUUCCUCCUCCUCUACCUGUUCGUUUUCUCUACCUUCUUAAUCCACACGCACUUGCUCCAUUUUGCAUACUCUACAAGUACCCAUCACUGUAAAGAAAAACAAGUUUUGAACUUUCCACUCCUUUAAAAACACAGCAAUACAAUGCGUCAUGCCCCAUCCGAUCACUGAACCCAUGAGACAACAACACCAACAGCAACAAAAGAUUGCGACGCGGUUACCGGCCCCACCUUCAUUACUCGCACUCGGCUCUGACGACCUUGACUGGGACGACCAGUACACGGUCGUAACAAACUCACCCAGUCUCGCUGCCAUCAAUAGUCGAGGAACUGAAAGUCGCAUAUCUUCUCCAACAGGAACGACAAAAAUCCACUCUGGUGGUGGUCUUCAUAAUAUUAGCAGUAACGUGGGAGGAUACAGUAACAGCGCCAUGAUUUUCAGCGAGGACGAGGAUGAGCCAUCACCGCUCGGCUCCUCUUUAUCGCACGGCAAUAAUGGCAACAAUAUGCUAUCUUCGUUAUUCCCCAACAUACGAGGAUCAUCCCACAGCUCAGCGGCCGGUGGCGGUGGUGGUGGCUUCACCGAUCCAAUGUUAACGUCCCCUGCCUAUCAUUGUUUCCAGGCCGAAAAUGCGCUCAUCACACUAAAGCAAGUCGUUCGUGAUGAUGGAUGGAAAAAGGCAUUGAAGCAUAAAAGUGGUGUGGUAGUCCAUAUGAAAAAUGGGGUGAAUAAGGCAGACAAGACUCCAUUGUUCAAGGGCCAGGCCAUCAUCCAAGGAUUUUCACCCCAGUCAAUUUUUUACGUGAUUGGAAUGCGCAGAUUGUGGGACGAAAACUAUGAAGAUGGAAACCUCAUCGAGAACCUAAAUGAGACAACGUCUUUGACAUACGAAGUCAGUAAGGCAACAGCAACUUCCAAGCCACGAGAUUUAUCACUUAUUGAGAAAAUCGAAUGCACUCAUGAUGGAGCCAUUAUCUUUGCAUGCACAAGCGUCGAAUCGCCACGUAUCCCUAAAAUCCCUGGAAGAGUCCGUGCACAAAUCAAACUUCAAGGUUGGAUACUUGAACCAAUUCGUGGAAGCAUAACACCAGCAACCCGAGUGACCUUUGUCACUCAAGAGAAUAUGAAGGGAUGGAUCCCUGGUUUCACCAAAAAGUCACUAGCACGUCGGCCGUUGGUGAUUGCUGCAAUCAAUGAUUACUUGCAGCGAAAGGCAGAUCGAAUGCGAGCUCAGAAAAAGUCUUCACAGCAUGCACCGCGACCUUCCCUUUUCGGCACAAGUAACAAUAGCAAUACUCUGGAACCGCCUCCACCAACGAAACGUAAACCACAUCGAAUCCUCACACAGCAACAUGCGUUAUCUAGCCAACAAAGUUUCGAAUCGGCUAUGUUUGAUCCAUCGCCCACAUCUUCACAGCGCUCCUCGCAGCGUUCUAUCCUCGUCGACCAAAGUUCAACAUAUCCAGCAACCAAAAAUCAGCAUAGCAGCACUCAGCGGAAACAUAUUACGUUUGCGGAAAGCGAUGUUUCUGACCGAGAACCGGAUGAUGUCCCAACCCUUUCACCUACAACUCUGAAACAAAUUCCAUCGCAGCAACAGCAACAGCAACAGCAACAGCAACCCCAGCACCGACAACAACAAAGACAGACAAUUCCGUCUCGACAUUUAUACCCAUCUCAUCGUCAUCCAACGAAAAAGGUAGAAAGCUUAGAAUUGCUGAAACGACUCUCUUCAUCUCUCGAUGACUGGAUGACCAAAGGCGAAAUUGACGGUGUUAAGCUUUAUACAAAAGCUCAACCUGACCGUCCCUCCUUCCUUCGUGGCGAUGGCGUGAUUGAAGGUGAAUGGACAGCUGAACAAUUAUGCUCUUUGAUCCACUGCUAUGGCGCCCGAAAGAUAUGGGAUGAGCGAUUCGAAGGAGGUCAAGUGGUCGAACGGUUUAGUCAAAAAGAAUAUCUCGUUCAUUGGUCAUUACGCAACAUGUAUCCCGUAACAAACUGUGAUAUUUCAGCAAUCACGACCAUUGAGACGAAUUCUUCAACUGGAACCAUAUAUACAGCGAGCACCAGCGUCAACGAUCCAUUGAUUCCAGCUUCGACAAAAGAGGCAAAUGGCAGCAACAGUGGCCAUAUCCGUGGUCACACCGACUUAUACGGCUGGAUGUUUACGUCUAAUCUGGGCGAGGGAGGACGCACGAAAUCUGUCAAUGUAACCAUGGUGUGUAACCUUGUCUACAAGUGUCAUGUACCAGCAAAUGUAGCCAAGGUGAUGGAGAAUGAAAUGCUGGCGUCAGUGGCCAAUGUACGCAACUAUAUCCAAAAGUAUGGUUGUCCACCGUAUAUUCGAAGAGUAGCUGGCAAAGUAGUAGAAGAGGAUUUCGAGGCGAAGACAGGAACGUACCAAGUAACUUUUAUCGCCAAGCACGAGCCAUCCCAGGCGUACCGGCAACGCAAGUCCGGCUGGUGCACAGAUAUUCGGGUGCACAAAUCAGUAUACUCCGGGGGACUGGACGUUAAGGUGUCGCCUACAGAAGGAACGCGCGUGGAAAUGACGUCGGACCACAAAAGCGUGCGGAUCUUCACCACUAGCUCGGAAAUGGAGGGAAAGCGAGUUGUUGUGUUAUUAACCACAGAGAACCGAUCGACUGGUGCGGAAAAAGAUGUGGCUUUUGGAAGCUCGAGUAAGCAGCAGCAGCGGCAGCCCGGGAUGGAAGAAGAGAAGAAUAUUAAUGUUGAAAAUGAAGAAGUAUCUUUGAAAGAACCAGCUCAACUACCAUCCCUACAGCACCAACAGCAGCAAUCAGUGCUGUCUGCGACUGAAAAGGUCUCAACAGGACAAGCUGAACCAGCGCCUGUAACACCAACGUCCUCCACCCACUCGAUUUUAAACCAUCCAUUACAUCCAUUACAAGCAGCUUCAAUAGCACAGACACCGCCUAAUGAUCAGCAGGCACCUUUAUCUCCAACAGCAUUCUCUCACAUAUCUACAGCAUCGGGUAAUCUACAAGUUCCAAAAGGCUAUAUGCUGGUGCCACAAAGCCAUCAGAGCAAUAAUAUCAUUAUUAUAUCGGACGAUCUCACGUUUAAUGGACAGCAACUGGCCGUUGUGUUUCUUGCAAUGGUUCUUUGUUACUACAUGGGCAAAUUUGCUUGCUCAUGCUCAUAAAAGCCAUUCUUCAUAUCUAGCGAGCUCCUAUUUACAGCGCCUGCGACCAUUAGAAAUUGCCACUACCACAUGAUUUUGACGUACUAUUAUUCUUACUACUAUAUAACUACCUU